AAUUCCCUCCAUCCGGGCCUUAAAUUUCUCUUAUUAAAAAAACCUGCGGCAUUUGAACAAAAAUGAUUGGCACAAUUUAUUUUCUUUUCCUGUCGAUUCACCUUAGGCCCAUUUUUUGAAGAUUUAUUUCUUCGGAAUGUUUUUGGCCUGAUUUUUAGAGUUAUCCAGGACCUACACCGCACGGUCCUGUUUUUUUCACCUGCAGGCUGUCGUGAAGCAUGCCAUAAAGCAUAACCUCAAUAAUUGUCAAGAUGAAUAACAAAGUAAAUAUCGAAGAAUGUGACAAAGAUAAUAAUAAUUCAGCUCAGUCCGAUGAUUCGGAAAAAUCAAUUGAAAAUGAGAAGAAAGAAAUUCUCCCAGGAUUUUCCACUUUCGACGAAUUUGUUAAGGCGAGUUUCGCCGUUCUCAAGAUCGGGAUAAAAGCAGCUAAUAGCUUACCCUCGGGGGAGAACUUCAGUUACUACUCCUGCUUCCCGACCUUCAGAAACAUUCGCCAGGAGGAGAUAAAAAAAGUAAUGACCUCGAUGCAGCGUUUGCUAGAAUGUACAGGGGCAUCAGGUAGCAUAACCCGAGGUGACAGAGAGGAGAAGUUCGAUUUGCUGACAGAAGCCAAUGACAUCCUUCUAGACCGUGCAACAGCCUGCAUGGACAAAGAGUCAGGUGUCUCCAACGACCACAACAUCCAACUGAUAACGACUCAAACAAAAAAGAAUAAUUACGGUUCCUGGAACACGUCAGUCAUCUCCUCCCAAGAUCCACGAAACCAGAGCCCCAGUCCGUCCACACCCAACGGUAUUCGCCUGCUAGCUGCGAAGAACAUCCACAGGCCUCAAUUAUCCUUCAAAGAUAAAAUCGACAACAGCCCGAAGCCCUGGGAGCCCAGGAUAAAAGAUAAACCGAAUGCCCUGAUACCUCUGGCAGUCCACUUGAUCGAAACUGAGAGAGGUCCAGCCUGGACUCACCCCUAUGAGUUCGAGCUCGACAAACUGACGUAUCCCGAGCACCAGCUGCUCCCCAAGGCUCCAGUUAAAUACAAAUCCUUGGAGGAAACCCCCCUGAUCGUCAUAGAAAAGCCCCAGGACCUGAAGAUCCUCUUAAACGACUUGCGAAAUUACGAGGAAAUCGCUGUGGACCUGGAGCAUCACUCCUACAGGACAUUUCAGGGUAUCACGUGUCUCAUGCAAAUCUCCACGAGGGACACAGAUUACCUUAUUGACACUCUGGCCUUGAGGUCAGAGCUACACGUCCUUAAUGAGAUAUUCACGAAGCCCUCAAUUCUGAAAGUUUUCCAUGGAGCUGACAAUGAUAUCCAGUGGCUGCAGAGGGAUCUGUCUCUGUACGUUGUCAACAUGUUUGAUACCCACCAAGCAGCCAAACACCUGAAGCUCCCCUACCUGAGUCUUGCUUAUCUGUUAAAAACCCACUGUCAUAUUGAUCCCAAUAAGCACUUUCAACUUGCUGACUGGAGGAUUCGACCCCUCCCGGAGGAAUUAAUGAAAUACGCACGAGAGGAUACCCACUACCUUCUCUACAUCAAAGACAUCCUCAGGAAUUCCCUGAUCGAAUCGGCAAACGGCCAGUCCAACAUCCUCAGGGCAGCCUACGACAGAUCCACUGACAUCUGCAGAAAAAUUUACGAAAAACCCCUGUGCGACGAGGAGAGCUGCAUGGCGAUUUACAGAAAGAGUCAGAAGAUGUUUAAUAAUCGUCAAUUGUAUGCCCUGAAGGAGCUCUUCACGUGGAGGGACCAGACUGCCCGACAGGAGGACGACAGCUAUGGAUAUGUCCUGCCAAAUCACAUGCUGUUGAAUAUCGCUGAGACACUCCCCAGGGAGAUGCAGGGUGUUCUCGCUUGCUGCAAUCCCAUUCCUCCACUUGUUCGACAGAAUUUGCUGAAACUUCAUAAAUUAAUUUUGAGGGCCAGGGAGCAGCCAUUGAUCAAACCUGUGCUGAUGGAGCAGGAUAUGCGUCAGAGGCUGGGGCAGGGGAACCAGGUGGACACGGAAGCCUGGAUUUAUGCACCACACGAUGUGAGUAAUGCGGAGGUCCAGGCGAAUUUACCCUGUCUGCUGGAUUCAGGGGAAUUGAGGGGGAAUGAUGAAUCCUCUGAGGAUGAUGUUCAUCCUAUUGUCACGAUUUUUGAUGACUCGAGACUAGAGGACUGUGAUGGAAAAAUCAUGGAGAAGUUGAGAAGGACUAAAACACUUUUUGUGAGUCCUUUCGAGAGGUACAAGCGUGUCCUGCCAGUGAUUGCAGCACAGGAAGCCGAGGAGAGGGAGAGGGAGGAGAGAGAAAGGGAGGAGAGAACUGCUGCAGCGAGGACCGAAAAAGAGGAGACUUUGCAGAGCAUCGACAGGGUUCGACAGCACUUUUUGGAGGUCACCAAGGAGAGGGUUCAGUCUGAUGAAGACAGGACUCUCGGUGAGAUGACUGGCCGCAAGAGGAAGAGAGAGGAUGAGGACGACGUGGAGGCCGUCUGCGAGGAGGUGGAUGUCUCGACACCUAAACCUGGAAGGGAUUCCACUGUCGCUGAUUCCUUGAGAGGAAAGAGGCAUAAAGAGGAAAGGGAACUUCAGUCCAGGAAUGAAAAGAUGAAGGGGAUACGCGUUUAUUCAGGGUCAAUGGACAAAACUCGAGUGCAGAAAAUUAAUAAUAGGAAGGAAUUGGCACAGAAGGGAAUGCUUCCCAAACCGAAUUUCGAUUACAAAACUGUUGAUUUCAGUAGCUUCCAGGGAGGGAGCAAAGGAGAUUCCUCUAAGACAACUGUCUUUCAGCAAAAACAGUUCAAGGACAAAAUAACGAAAGGAAAAAAGAAGAAGAAGCAAAAACUGGGUAUAUGAGAAUAAAAAUUUCAUUAGAAUCCUUAUAAAGAAGAUAAUAAAGUUUAUUCAUAUACAUUUUUUCAAUGUCAAUCUUAUGAAUAUUUAAUUGAAGAGUAUUCUCAUUU